GAGAGAUAAAGAGAGAUCGAAGCCCCAAACACAAGAGAAGAGAGAAACCCAAAAGGCGAAAACCAUGGAAGAUGACCAAAAUACCGCUCACCCAUUGCUCAGAGGAGGAAGAAAGGAGAAGAGCUUCAGUCAUGGCUUCACCAAAGCUCAGAUCCAAUCACUGACGGCCAUCUGUGAGGCCUUGAUACCCUCAAUGCCAAUCACAGCCCUCCACGUCAGCUCCCAGCGGGAUCCGCCACCAAGCCCAAGCCUCGUCUCCUUCUACAAAGCUUCAGGCUCCGAUUACCAAGUCCCUGACCAGGUUGCAGAAUUGAUGGUGAAAAGAGGACUACCAGAUGCUGUGACUUUGGUUUCAUGGGUAUUGUGGGCCUUGUCCACAAGGCUUGGGACAUUACUUCUUUGUGGGUCCACUUGCCUUUCUCUCAAUUUCCCUUUCAUUAGAAGCUUUUCUGAGAUGCCAGUGGAGAAGAGAGAGAAAGUGUUGAUGGCCUGGUCUAGAGAGAGAAGCUUCUUUUCUGCACUCAGACUUAGCUUUGCGCUCUUCAAGAUUUUCUGCGUGUAUGUCUUCUACUCCUGGACAGAUGUAAACUCCAAAAACCCAUCAUGGGAAGCAAUUGACUACAGCCCAGGGCCCCUUAAGCCACCCAAGAACCCUCCUCCAAAAUCCUUCAAAGACUCCAUUAUAAGCACUACAACUCUCACUAAAGAAUCCCUUGUUUCUACCAUUAAAACCAAAGGGAUCACUGUCACUGAGGACCCUUCUGCAGAUCUCUUAACUCUCGAAUGCGAUGCAGUGGUUGUGGGUUCAGGCCCUGGUGGUUCAGUAGCAGCAGCGAAGCUCGCAAAAUCAGGCUAUCAAGUUUUAGUUUUAGAGAAAGGCCUUUACUUUACCCCUCAAGACUACUCUCUCUUAGAAGGUCCCUCUAUGGAUCAAAUGUAUGAAUCAGGGGGCAUUUUAUCGACAACUGAUGCCAAAGUAUUGAUUACUGCUGGUUCAACUGUUGGUGGGGGCUCUGCUAUUAAUUGGUCGGCCUGUAUAAAAACACCGGAUAAAGUUUUAAAACAAUGGUCUGAAGAUUUCUCUCUCUCUCUCUUUGGAAGCCACAAUUACAGGGCAGCCAUGGAAGCUGUGUGCAAGAGGUUGGGUGUGACAGAGAAGUGUGAGAAAGAGAACUUCCAAAAUGAAGUUUUCAGAUCUGGGUGUGAGAGGCUUGGGCUCAAGGUAGAGUUCGUGCCAAGAAAUUCACCAGAAGGCCAUUAUUGUGGACAAUGUGGCUAUGGUUGCCGAACUGGAGAGAAACAAGGGACUCAAUGCACAUGGCUGGUUGAUGCAGCGGAGGCUGGUGCUUUGAUUUUCACUGGCGUCAAGGCCAAGAAAUUUGUGAUGAGAGAGAAUGAUGGUUUGGAGAGGAAAGAGAGUGGGAAACCUUGGUCGCGAGAGAGAGACCAAAGAUGUGUGGGUGUAAUGGCAGUCACGGGAUGCAAAGUGAACCAGAAAGGAAAGAAGAGCUCUUUGAGAUUGAUGAUAAAAGCAAAGCUCUCUGUUUCAGCAUGUGGGUCUUUGUUAACACCUCCCUUAUUGAUCUCUAGUGGCCUGAGAAAUCCAAAUAUUGGUCGGAAUUUGAGGCUUCACCCUGUUUCAAUGGCAUGGGGUUACUUUCCAGAGCAAGAUUGUGGUGAAUCCUUGAGAGGAAAAUGUUACCAAGGUGGUAUUAUCACUUCUAUACACAAACUGGUCUUAGAGAACCAAGAUCAUGAUUCAGGUGUAAUAAUCGAGACACCCUUUCUUGGACCUGCCAGUUUUUCUGCAAUAUUUCCAUGGCUUUCGGGUAGUGAGAUGAAAGAGGCGAUGAGGAGGUACGCACGAACUGUUCAUAUCUUUGUUCUAGUCAGAGAUACAGGGUCAGGAGAGGUGAUGAAAGAGAGAAAGAUUACCUAUAAUUUACACAGGACAGAUAGAGAGAAAUUCAAGAAGGGGUUGAGGACUGCUUUGAGGAUUCUUGUUGCAGCUGGGGCUGUAGAGGUGGGAACACAUAGGAGUGAUGGGCAGAGAAUUAAGACUAAGGGGAUGAGAGAUGAAGAUUUUGAGGAGUUUUUAGAUGGGAUUGAGGUCUUUGGGGGGGCAUACUCAGGAGAGGAAAAAUGGAAUUUAUAUACCUCAGCUCAUCAAAUGGGGAGUUGCAGGAUGGGAGCGGAUGAGGAGAAAAGUGCAGUUGAUGAGAGAGGAGAGAGUUGGGAGGCUGAGGGACUGUUCGUUUGUGACGGGAGCUUGAUGCCCACUGCACUUGGUGUGAACCCCAUGAUCACAGUUCAGUCUAUCGCACACUGCAUUUCUGAUAAUAUGGUGGAGUUUUUGAGAGACGGAGAAGGUGGGGUCUCUGAAGCAGCCAUGAAACAUGCUUCUGAGAUGGUGAGGAAAGAAAUAUAGAAAAUUCUCUCUCUCUCUCUCUCUCUCUCUCUCUCAUCAUGCUUUUGAGUUGGAAUUUUAGCUUGUAGUAUAGGUAAAGAUUUGGUUUGGGCUCUCUCUCUCCCAACAUGCUUUUGAGUUGGAAUUAGCUUGGAGUAUAGGUAAAGAUUUGGAUGGGGCUCUCUCUCUCAACAUGCUUUUGAGUUGGAAUUUUAGCUUGGAGUAUAAGUAAAGAUUUGGUUUGGGCUCUAGCAGUAUCAUUAUGAUUAAGAUGAUAAUAUAGAUCCCUAUCAUAUUUGUUUCCUGAUGGAGAAGUAAUUAAAGGAGCUCCAUUUGUUCUGCUAGAAAAGAAA